UCUCAAAGUUUAAGAGAGAGAAACAAUUAUUUGAAAUCUCUUAAAUUUUAUUUGAAAUUUCAUCAUGAUUUCGGCUUCCCGAACCGGUAGACAACUUCAACGUUACAUCGACGGCUGUCGUCAAGUUGUCGGAUGUAUCCCAUACAGAUUCAGGAAAUUAGGAAAAUCAAAUACAAAUUCAAAUUCAAUUGAAGAUAUUGAAGUUCUUCUUGUGAGUUCUCAAAAGGGUAAAGCAUGGUUAUUCCCAAAAGGUGGAUGGGAAAACGAUGAAAGCAUAGAAAUAGCGGCUAGAAGAGAGACUUUAGAGGAAGCAGGAGUAGUUGGAGAUGUGAAGAGUGAAUUGGGUAGAUGGAGAUACAAGAGUAAAAGUCAAGAGAAAUAUCAUGAGGGUUAUAUGUUUUCUUUGUUAGUUAAGGAACAAUUAGAUGUUUGGCCGGAAAAGAAUGCCCGGAGAAGAGUUUGGAUGACUGUUAAUGAAGCAAGGGAAAAAUGUCCACAUUCUUGGAUGAUUGAAGCUUUGGAUGUUUUUGAAAGUCAGAUUGGUUAUUUAGGCCGACAACAACAAGAUGAACAAAAUAGUAAUGAUCCGGCGCCGGCGCCGGCACCGGCACCGGCAACGGUGUCGUCGGAGAUUGAGGAUGGAAAGAGUUGUGGGUUGGAAUUCUUGAAGAUGAAGAAGAAGAAGAAAGGAGGGGAGGGAGAGAUGAUGAUGAUUUGUUGUAACUUGCCGGUGGUGAUACGACGUCGUCAUAGUACUUAACUUUAUUAGGGUUAGAUGGAAAUAUCAUAAUUUAUUUAUUUAUUUAUUAUAGGGGAUAGGAGAGGAAGAUUAUUUAUUUAUUUAUUUAUUUAUUUAUUUAUUUAUUUAUUUGAUGAGUCAAACAACAACUGUAAAUCAUUAUUAUACAACAAUAAAUUCUUUUAUUCAAAUUAUUUAUU